AUGACAGAUAUUCUACCCAUGGCCACCACAUCCACAUCUACUUGUCGUAACUCAAACCAUGACCUCGUUUAUCAACAUGAUGAGCCAAUGGCUGCUGAGAUUGCAGCACCACCAACAACAACAACAACGACCUAUUGCCCAUCAUCUACCAAUAGCUGUGACACAAACAUUCACGUUCGCAUUGUACCUAGUAUCGAUGAUCCCAAUCGAUGCUUCAUUUUUAAUAUUGUUGAACGUGAUCUCAAGCCUGGCAACGUUAUCAAAGUUGGUCGUUUCGCUGACCAUCAUUUAAACGACGAGCACAUUUCUCUCAGAAGCAAAGUGGUUUCACGUAUGCAUUGUGAGCUAUGGCUAGGGCAUAACGGCAAGCUUUAUUUAAGAGAUACCAAAUCAUCUUCGGGAACCUAUGUCAAUCAUAUGCGAUUAACCAGCACUCAACAAACCAGUCGACCCGUCGAAAUCCAUGAUGGCGAUCUUGUGCAGCUAGGCGUUGAUUAUCAAGAUGGGAUGGAGCCUUGUUAUCGCGCCGUCAAAAUGCGCUUUGAAGUUAAUAGGCCAACACGUCCUGCUACCUAUAAUGCGGCUGCAUUUCAUAACUUGAAGACACUCACCAACUCGACACAAGUUUCGGAACAGCAUCCGACAUCAUCAUCAUCAGCAGCAUCGGAGGAAGAUGAUUGCUGCAUUUGCUUGUAUGCAUUGAAAGCGCAGCAAGCCUUGUUUGUAGCCCCUUGCUCGCAUUCUUUCCACUUUAAAUGCAUACGUCCACUAUUGGCUAGCUAUCCCGGUUUUCAAUGUCCAAUGUGUCGCUCAUAUUCAGACUUGAGACACAAUGAAGAAGAAGUCGAGGAAAAGAUUGCUGAUGCUGUGGAAGAAGAGCAACACCAACAACAACCCGUUUCAUCACCACGCACAUCCAAUGUGGGCUCGUCUGAUAUUCAUCGUCCCAAUCAAACCGAACCAUUAACCCUUGCUACCUCCGUUACCCACAUGUCUGGUAUGGAUACAGCAGCUAACCAUCACCAUGAAGAUGAUCAACAUCAUGCAAGACAACAUCAUGAAGUUGUAAUUGCAACGACGCCACCACGUCAAACAUCAGACCGACGCUUAAAUCCCAUCCACCUUAUGGACAAACUAAAAAUGGCUUUCACUGAAAAGCGCAGAACAUCCUUGAUUCGUAGACAUACGACUCGACACAACAACAAUGAUACAACAUCAUCCGAUGAUGAAGAAAACAGCCAUCAUCAACAUCAUCAUCAUGUAGCAUCGGCUACUACCUCUGGGACAACGUCACCUGCUACAUCUCCUAUUACACCCACAUUUUCAGUGCAUUCAAAUAUGGGUCAUGGUGGCAUUGCAGUAUUGACCGAUCUCCACCAUUACCACCACCAUGAUCCUAUCGAACAAGGACCUAGCAACCGAUAUUGA